UUACAAUAGAGUAUCCAAACUCGAAAGCAAAACGCGGAAAACACAAACGACAAAACAACAAUCAACUGACCUGCUUUCCAUUUCCUUCUCUCGCAUUUUGUUCACGACUUUUUCUCCGCUCUCAUUUCCGUGUUCCUUUCUUUCAGCUCGAUCGGUUGAUUUGCUUUCUGGGAUCUACAAAUCCACUCGCCGUGUGCUAUUGUGUAAUUGAAAAUCAAGAAAUAGGAGUUCUUGUGGUUUUUGACUCAAAAGUUGCUCGAGCUUCUUUGGGUGGUGUUAGGGGAAAAAAGAAGAAAGAAGAAAGAAGAAGUUUUGUAAAUGGGUGAGCAUUUGGUGAAUGUUAACCAGCUGUCGAAGCCCGAACCAUUCGGGCCUAGCCAGCCGGGCCCGCAGGCUGUGGAUUGUGGGUCCUCGGGUAAGAAGCCCGAAAUUGUGGGCCCCUCAUCAUCGGCUAGAGAUGAUGAUAAUGUUGUGGUGGAGCUUGAUGAUGAGUUAAAUGAUGAGCAAACGCUGCUAAUAGGUAUUGGCGAAUGCCGAAUUUGCCAGGAAGAGGAUUCUAUCCACAAUUUAGAGAGCCCUUGUGCUUGCAGUGGGAGCCUUAAGUAUGCGCACAGAAAAUGCGUUCAGCAUUGGUGCAAUGAAAAGGGAGACAUUACCUGUGAGAUCUGCCAUCAGCCGUAUCAGCCAGAUUACACUGCGCCUCCUCGACCUCCAUCUGACGAGACUAGAAUUGAUAUUGGGGGAAUAUGGCCAAUCUCAGGGGGGACAGUUCAUUUGCACGAUCCUCGAUUUGUGGCUCUUGCUGAGGCUGAACGUCAGCUAUUUGAAGCCGAUUAUGAUGAAUUUAACGGUAGCUCAAGUGGAACUGCAUUUUGCCGUUCGGCUGCUCUUAUUUUGAUGGCUCUUUUGCUAUUGAGACAUGCACUUUCGGUCACUGGUGAUGGAGAUGAGAAUGAUGACGAUGCAUCGACUUUCUUCUCUCUAUUCUUGUUACGAGCUGUUGGUUUUCUUUUGCCUUGCUACAUCAUGAUCUGGGCCAUUAAUAUCUUGCAACGCCGUAGGCAAAGACAGGAAGCAGCAGCUCAAGCGGCAGCCCGAUUGGCAAUUCUGGUCCGGGCAGCCCAAAGCCGUGGAGGCCUACUUGUGGCCUCAGCCCAAAGCCCGGUUAGCAAUUCUAGUCCAUAAUUUGUGCUGAAUAUUAGCACAAUUGAGUAUUCGAGUUGUUUACGAUUGAGUCCCUUUUCUUGCUUUCUACUACAUGUAUGUAUGUAACUAUGUAUAUAUAUAUAUAUGAUGUUGGUUUAUGUAAUGAGCCUUGCUCAAUCGACAAGGACUUGAAUCGAACAAAAAAAGUAUCGAAAAACAGAAAAAAUGAAAGGGAAAUCGAACAACUGUGUAUCCAAAUGUAUUGGUUUGAUUUUUACUCAAUUGAGAGAUGAGUAAGUAAGGAUAUAGUUGGAAUUAGCUAUUGAUGUAUUUCUUGCAACUGUAAUCUAUAUUGAAGCUAAGCUAUACCUUUUGAACUGUAUUCUUAGAGCUGAGAUAUGGUGACAUUCAUUCCAUUUGCACUCUGUGUGUUUGUUUUCAGUUAUGUCU